AGAAAGUAAAACCCGGAUUAGUUCUUGAGGACAUGAUGACAGCCAUAGAUGACAGCACGUCGUUACAUAAUGUAAAUAAAAACAGUGUGCUCAGAUUGGUGCGUGCGGCGCGGCUCGAUGUCCCGGAUGGAGCUCGCACCGGAAGAGAAGGGGCAGCUCUCCCAGCCAUCUUGUGGCAGCAUCCAGCGAAUCGUUCGCAUCAAGCCUCGUAGAAUCGGAGGUGAAUCCCGCUGAAGGGGCGCCAUCAUGCCCGGACACCUGCAAGAAGGCUUCGGCUGUGUCGUAACCAACCGGUUCGACCAGUUAUUGGACGAUGAGUCCGACCCGUUCGAGAUCCUGAAAGCUGCUGAAAACAAGAAGAAGGAGGGGGCCGCCGCUGGGUCCACCAAGACUGCCGCACAAGCAGCCAAGCAGCCUAAGAAGGAGUCACAGAAGGACAGAAAGAACCCGCUGCUGGACAAGAAGGAUGAGUCCCAGGCUCCUGUCCCCCUGAAGAAAGAAGGUAUCAGGCGGGUGGGCCGGAGACCGGACCAGCAGGGCCAGCCGGGAUCUCAGCAUCAGGGUGGACAGGGUGAAGGGCGACCCGGAGACAAGAGGCCAGACCGGAGACCUCCACGUGAGCGCCGCUUUGAGAAGCCAGCUGAAGACAAGCCUGAGGGAGGAGGAGGAGGAGGAGGAGGAGGAGGAGGAGGAGGAGGAGGAGGAGAGUUCUCUGCAGACAAGCCCUCUGGAGACAGGCCCCCAAGAGGGCGUGGUGGCGGCCGGGGUGGGCGUGGUGGAAGAGGACGGGGCAUGGGCCGAGGAGACGGCUUCGACUCCCGCGGGAAGAGAGACUUUGACAGACACAGCGGCAGCGACAAAUCCAACCAGAAAGGCGAGGAGAAGCGCGGUGGAGGCGGCUCAAACAACUGGGGCGCCGUGAAGGAAGAAGUGAGUGAAGUUGAACAGACCGCUGCUCCUGAGACGACUCCAGAGGGAGAGGAAAAUGCACCUGCCGGCUCUGAGAACAAAGAAAACGAGGUUCAAGAGGUGAAAAAUGAAGGCCCCAAAGAGAUGACCCUGGACGAGUGGAAGGCCAUGCAGGACAAGGAGCGCACCAAGGUGGAGUUCAACAUUCGCAAGCCCAACGAAGGAGCCGACAGCCAGUGGAAGAAGGGAUACGUGCUGCACAAGUCCAAGAGUGAAGAUGUGACCGAGAGGCCUGCAGGAGCUGUGAUUGACACCCCAGACACAGAAGUAGAGCCACACACUCUGUUCCCAAAGCAUGCCAACCCUGACGACGCCAGUGACCACCACUUCCGCAAACCAGCCAACGACAUCACAUCUCAACUGGAGAUCAACUUUGGAGACCUGGGCCGCCCCGGCCGCGGGCGCGGGGGAGCUCGUGGAGGCCGGGGAGGCCGCGGUGGAGGGGGAGGCAGCAGGCCGGCACGCGGGGGAGGACGCUCCGAAAAGGCUAGUGGAGUGUCAGUCCCCAACGUGGAUGAUCCUGAGGCCUUCCCAGCUCUGGCCUAAGGGCUCCUUUUCCACCACCAGCCCAUCCAUCAGCCCUUCCGGGUCCCUCCUCUACGAGGCUUGCAUGCUUACCACAUCUUCAAAUAUAUAAGAAAAGAAAGAAGAAGAAAAAAAAAAAUUUUAAAUGACAAAAAAAAAGACUGUCAUCCCAUACCACUCACACCACCAGAGGACUAAAAUUUUACCCGUUUUAAAGGAGAACAAAAGACAAAAAGGACCUCUUGUUACACUGAAGUUUUGUAUUUAGGAACAUGAAAGCAGGGAUGUUUUCAUACUUUUCCCCCUUCUUUUCAGAGAUUAUGCAUACUUCAUUGAUUUUUUUUUUUUGUGCUGCUUGAAUCAAUGCAUUUCUGCAAUUAGUUUGAAGUGUGUGUAAUUCCCCUGAAGCUUUUGUGCUUUUUCCCCCUCAUGACUUCAGCUCAGUAUUAUGGGGUCAUCUUAGAAAAGACUUUCUACUGGAGUUUUUCCUCCCAGUAAAAACACACUGAUGUGGUAGCACUACACUACAUAGGAAUAUUGUCCUAGUUAUCUGAAGUAUGGCUUAACAUGCAUUUAAAGUGUAAUUACUCUGACCCUGAGUACCCAUCCUUCUGUGAGGCACAAAUUCAGGAUGGGUAACUAGGUCAAGGGACUUCCUACUAAAGCUUGGUAUUUUUCUGCUUGUCGUGCAGUGAAGUAAAUGCCUCUUUUCCUUUUUUCUCUUUUUUUUCUGUCGAUAGCUUGCCUUUUUUUUUUUUUGGUGGACCAGUUGUUAGUAAUGCUUUGUAUCUCCUGAUCCACAUGUGCUACCUGUGUUUUCAGGCUGUCCCAGGGCCCAAUGUAUAUCUUUAGGCUGGUCCUUGUAGGUCACACAGACUGUACUAAUGUUAACUUCAGGACCACAAAGCAAAUAUUGUAUUUUUUUUAUUUUUGAGGAUGUGUGUGAGAGAGAAUGUGAGAGCGUGUGAGAGAGUGUGUGUGAUUGUGUGUAUGUGUGUGUGUAGCAAAGCGAGAUGUUGAAUGUGUGAAUUUGACAGCUAGUUACUUAGAUCUUAAGUAUUCCUCUGCUAUGAACUUGCCAUUCUCAAACAAACGGCAGACUGCAAGUUCUGGUAUCUUUUGAAGAUGUGAUUGUUGAAAUGUAGGUGAGAAUAAUAGAUAGACCAUGGACAUAUCUUACUCUUAGAGUAUCUGUACCGUCACUCAGAUCUCAAAGCACUUGGUUUUAUCUGCACCAGCCCUCUGAAGAUUGUGUUCCCCCUCUCUGUAAACCAUAUUUGCUGUUUUCUAAUUUUUAUUUUGUUCGUGCAGCAGCACCAAAUGCAUAAUUUGUCUGAAAGAAACAUCAGCAGUCAUUGUGGAACAAUCAUGAGCUACAGAAUGUAAAGUAAGCUAACGGUGCUUCAAGCCACCUGUGUCAGCAUUUCCAGUGAAUUUCAAAUGAAGUGGGUAUACUUCACAUUAGGUAUGGGGUGGGAUUUGGGGGGGAUUAUGACCAUAUUUGAGUGAAUUUAAAGCUUUACAUGCUGUGCUCUGCAAAGACUAGCUGGUGAUGCACUGAUACAGACGGCUGGAGCAUAUUUUUCUUGUAGGACUGUUUGAGCCACAUGACGGUGAAACUUUCUCUGCAAACAUCCCUGUUCUAAUAAAUUGCUUUAGAGGUGUUACAUGUACUCCACCAGUGGCUGUUGGGUUGUUUGAAAUCGAAACUGUGAUUUUAAAAGUGUAAAUGAA